AAAGGCGUUAAUAUAACAAAUGGCAGCCUACUUGUGGUUAUAAUUAACUCUAUAAUUAACUGGGUAGCUCUUCUCACUCUGAGAAGAAAAAAACUUCUACUUCAGCAUGCGCAGCUACGUAUACUAUUGCAAGUAGGUUAUGUUUUACUCGCCUUAUCGUUUUAAUGGCACCGAAUAAAUGUUAUAAUAGAUAUAAAAAUAAAUAUAAAAAUAAAUAUAAAAAUAAAUAUUAAAUCAAAUUUUAAUAUAAAUAUUUAGACUGCAAUGAGUCUAAUCAAUGCAUUUAAAUUUUUUACAGAAAAAUAUUGUACAAUACAGUCGUGUACGGUAGCGAUACCGGACAGCGGUAUCCCGUAUAUCAGUAUCAGCAGGGCCUUGCAGUCCCUUCGUUUCUUGGUCGUUGUUCUCGUUUCGUGAACGUAUAAUACGAUAAAAUACCCUUGUCGCAAAAAGGCUGUCAUUCGGAGAUUACAAGGUUAUAGUUACUUAUACCUUUACCUUUACUGUGCACUCUGUACACAAAAGCACGUCGAUGUGACCGCAUCCGGGUUACUGCAAUUUACCGAUUCACUGAAGCGAAGCUCCACGUCGAGAUGAGACGCUAGUGUGUCGUCUGAUGGACUGGGUUCAUUGCAAUAGUUGUUACAUACAGCCUCCGGCCGCCGGGCGGCGAUUCUGUUUGACGAGCUGCGGGCACAUAUUCUGUGACCGAUGCCAACAGCAGAGCGAGUCUAGGAGUAGUUGUCGAUUAUGUGGAGCUAGCUGUUCGACGAUUGUGCUGUCGACGAAGAUGAAGCCAGAAGUUGAGAUGUAUUUUACUGAUCCUGCUGAAACGGUGAAGAAAGCAACUAAGAACGUCUUGCAGGUGUUGGAUUUUCAAAAGAGUCACAGGCUACGCUUUCUGUCACAUUUGAAAACGUCUUUACAACAUUCUUCGUCUGAUGAGAUUGAGUUGAGAGUCAAAGCACUAGAACAAGAUAACCAAGUAUUGAGACAAAAGGGUCAGACUCUAGUGAAUGAAAAUCAAACGCUGAAGAGCGAAUGUCAGUUGCUGAGAGACGAAAACGUGGAAAUAAAAAGGCUACUUGCUUCUAGGGCUGAAGUUGCUCCUAGCAGUGGAGGACGACAUUUCAUGCAGACAGUGAUGGCCACACCAUCACCUAGUCCUGGACACAGAGCUUUGUCACCAAUGCGUUGUAGUCAGUCUUCACCGAUUGGUGGGUUGCACACGCUUAUGUCAACUCCAAGAAGUAGACAGAACUUGAGCUGUUAUUCUCAACAAGUUCCUCAAACGCCCAGUGGACCAGUCAGAGUAUCUAUUCGUACACCACCUAGUGGUGGGAAGAUGGGUACUGUUCCUAGUAAUAGCACAGCGCAGAGAAGAUUAACACCAGGCAGCUCUGGUGUUUACAUUACCCGGAAGCUGUCUACUCCAUGCAUUCCUACUAGCUUGUCUCAAUGCGAGUUGAGCCACCUGGUUACUCCAAACAACAGUCUAUCAGCAUCUCAGUUGUCACACAUGCAGUCACAAAGUGUACCUCUCUCUGCAUCUCAGAUCGGACGAUCAGUUCGAUCUCCAUCACCAAGUGUCAGUUCUAGAAUGGAGCAAAGGGAUGCAUCUGCGACUGAACAGUGGGAUCCAUUGAGACGACAAAUCUGUCUUCGUUAUCAGCACAGAAAUGAAUCAAGGCGACCAUUGCUAGUAAACUCUGUUGGUUACCUUUCUUCUCAGUCUACCGAGAGAUCCUAAGCAGAUAAGAUCGAUCACUUUACAAUAUAAGGAUUCUGAUGUUUCUGACAGUGUAACUCACAAGAUCUCAUUUUAUGAACGAGAAACUUGCAUUUGGAAGAGAUAGAGGUUACGCCCUGUGUGACUAACUCUAGAGUAUAUGGUAUGUAUGGCACUAUGUAUAUGAACUCUUUUGACAGACUGCAUUAACACU